AUGCCAGACAUUGAGUCUACAAACCCCAGGACUCUGGGCCGGGCUAUCUGUAUCAUCACUGGCGCCUCCAAGGGAUUUGGACGGGCGCUGGCACACAAAGUUUCCUGCUUGCUGGAGCCAGGCUCUGUCCUCGUGCUGGUGGCUCGCUCUGGGACUCUGCUGCAGGGGCUGAAGGAGGAGCUGCAGAGCUUCACUGAGGAGCUGCAGCUGGUGGUUCACUGCAUGGCUGUCGAUCUGAGCACCACGGAGGGGGUGAAUGAAACGGUCAUGUUGGUGAGGCAGGAGGCUGAAAAUGAUAUAGAUCAUGUGCUUCUGAUCAACAAUGCUGCCUCUUUGGGCAACAUUACCCAGUUUGCGAGUUUCACCAACCCUGAUGAAGUGAACGACUAUCUGUCUUUUAACGUUAGCUCUGCUCUGGUGCUGACUGCGGGGAUCCUUCAGGUGUUUCAGUGCAGACCGGAGCUGCAACGGAGCGUGGUGAACAUCUCAUCACUGUUUGCACAGCAGGCCUUACAGUCCUGGGUGCUGUACUGCACCGCCAAAGCAGCCAGGAAGAUGAUGUUCAAGGUGCUGGCUGAGGAGGAGCCAAAUGUCAAAGUCCUCAGCUACUCUCCAGGUCCGAUGGACACGGAGAUGCAGCAGGAUAUUUGGAGGUUAACAGGCGUCUGUCAUAAUCUGAUGCCCUGCCAGGAGUCUGCGGCCAAACUGAUGACGCUGCUUCUGGACAACAACUUCUCCUCAGGAGCACACAUUGACUUCUUCGAUGACUGAUAUUGAUAUGAGACAGAGUGAAGAAUAAUGGUGUCCAUCUAGUGUAAAGGAUUGUAUGUCAAAUGGAAAGACUUAUGCUCUAAAGCAGUGAUUCCCAACCUUUUUAUUGAAGGACCCACAAUUUUACCAUUGUAAACUUUUUAUUUGCUUCAAACCUUUUGUAUUCCUAUUUAUACUGUUAUACAUUAAGUUACUGAACUGCAAACAUAUUUAAAAUUGCAGUUUCAUCAUAUCAGGUUAAGUCCACGGUCCUAUAUGUGGCCCUGUGGAGGUGUCCAUGAAAAAUUGUGGCCCCUCUAGCAUUUAAGUUGCCCAUCCCUGACUUAUAUGCUAAAUUACUUACUUUUGAAAAACGCAGAUAUUCAAACUUGCAUGAAGCCUUGCCAAGUGUUGUGAGUUUGUAGAUUGGCUUUUUUUUCUCCAAAUUUAUAGGUAUAGAUAACCCAUUAGAUUUAUUACACCCCUUAAAAUCAAGAGGGCUUCGCGACCCCCCGUGGAUCUUUUGCGCCCCCCUGGGGGGGUUGGGAGUCACUGCUCUAAAGGACUGUGCAUAGUACAAUACAUAGAACACUUUUCCAUAGAAAAUAUUGGAAAAUGCUUUUGUUCUGCCUGAAGUCCUUAAAUUCAACGUGAAUGUCCCUUCAUUUUGUAGUUUUGUGAAGAAAAAUGCUUUUUAUUCAUCAGAAAUGCCCCUUUUAGCUUGCUCAGCUGCUGUGGUAUUUAGUAUGGGUUUAAUCAGUGAUAUUGUCCUGUAAAUUAAUGUCCAUCCUAUCCUGUUUUGAUUUUUUCUAAAUGUGAUCAUCUUUAUUUCUGAUUUCUUAUUAAUCUGCCUUUCAUCCAAUUGUUGAGUGAAAUGGUUUGUUUAUUUUACAUAUGGAAAUAUAAUUAUAUAUCUUAAUGUUACUUAUGUAUUUGGACCAGUUAUUGAAUGGGUUAACAACCUACUGCACCUACUGGAAGGUGGAGCAGGCCCCGACUCACCCACUUCUCUUGCUAACUGUAACAGAUGACAAUAAAAUGUAUUUUGUAAUUCAAUUUUGGAGCAGUAUUGCAAUUAACUACACAGUUGCCCGUUAAGUUGCAAUAAUUUUGUUUUCAGAUACAAUCCUCUAUUAAUUGUGGCUUGACUUUCAUUGUGAUAUGUUUGAAAGAGAUUGAUUAAUAAAGUUUUAAGAAGAUAUACACGUUAUCUCCCAAGAAUAAAUCACAUUGUCACAAUCAUUUCAUGGAAAGAGGUUAAAAUAUUUAAUUCCAACUCAUUGAGCGACUUUAUGUAGU